AUGGAGAUAAAGACUGCAGUGGCGGACGCUGCGCCAAAGUGGGUAGGUACGGCCACGAUGACCUUACCGAAAGAGCUACCUAUGGAGCAUGGGUCCACGACGUCCGAAAUCUACGUACGCGACUGCUAUCCUCCCUACUACAAGCGUAUUGCCAGGAUGAUGGAGGACAGAACGACGGGAGGAAUUACCAUCACUGGAACGCCAGGAAUUGGCAAAUCGGUCUUUUUCAGCGAGAUACUUCGCAAGGUGGAUUCUGGUACAGAUGCGAUGAUGACACGAGCUUGUUUGCAAGCGCAGACCGAAGCACCUAGUGGUGUGUUUUAUCUGUACGAUGGUCCACCUCAGGUGUACCCUCGACGAGCUCGAAUGGUCUGCUUCACGAGUCAAAACAUGGAGUGGUUCCGCAACAACACAAAGGACGAGAACCAUCUAGAGCUCUUUAUGCCACUGUGGAGUCUACAGGAGCUUGAAACAGCAGCGGAUGCGCUGGCCCUUUGA